AUGUCUUGCAGCGCGCGCUGUAAAUACGAGGUGAACGAGCAGGUUAAGCCGGUCAAACUGACUGACGACCACAAGUGCAAAAAGAGACAAGUGCACCUGCUGAGCGCUUCCGUGUGGGGGCCGCUCCGGCGUAUUCUUGCAUUGUCUCAUGAAAAAGCAACCCCCCGCUGCAACUUCGCUUGCGGCGGGAUCUUUACGAAGUUUGAUGCAUCCAGCACGCCCAGCCCGCAGUCGGCGAAGGGCGGCGGGCACCGAGAACCUGCGAUAUACAAUACCCUCGCCCUCUUCUCCUUUGAUCUUUGUCGCCUCCGCUUGUUGUCAUCCUCUCCAUCCAGCAACAUGGAAAAGGAGUAUUCCCCAGAGCCAGGAUGGGAUACAAAGAUGGCUGCGGACAUCGACGCGCUCGCAGAGGGGAUGGAGCGAUUCAAGGAUGCCCAGGCCAAUCAAUACUGGGAGACCCAGGGCGAGGGUGUCGCGGUGUCCACCGCGUACCAGGAGAUCCCGGCUGGCGCCGACCUCCUGUUGGACGUGGAGACAUCAACGUCGUCUCCAGCCACUUCCGCGGGGGCCACCAGUUGUCCAAGCGACACGUCUGAGGACAGCUACAGUACCUCAGACGUCCACUCGCGCGGAUAUGGCUCAUCCGUAUCCAGCGCAAAUGCUCCUGGUCUGCGCUGCGCAGAGCAGGGAGCAAUGACACUAGAACACGAGAAUCACCACGUCGGCAGUACGAGCGGCCACGCGAGCGAGGCAAAUAGCGAAUUCGACGUCAUCGACGACGCCGACGUCACUAAUAGCGAGCCGGGAUGCGCAGACGAUGCCAGCAGGAGCGACUCGCGCGACAACUCACCACCUAUCGCCCCGCCGAUGGUCGAUGAGGUCAUUUUCAGCGGGAGGAUCAACCAGUCGGAGUGGGCCACCCUGCCUCGGCGGGUCACUCGGUCAAUGACCAACGCCACCACCUCGACGCCCACGCAAGCAUCCGCAUCCAUCGCGGGUCCAUCGACUGUCCGGCGUGGCCAGAAGCGGAAGUCUCCUGACGAGGAUGAGGACGACGAGGACAGCGCAAUUGAAAACCGCGGGGCCGACGAAGACCAGGAGCUUGAAGACGAUGGGGACGAGAAUACGAGGCCAGUGGCGCGUGGGCCGGACGGACGCUGGCCGUGCAAAGAGUGGCAGUGCAGCAACACCUACACUCGGGAGCACGACAUGCUCCGUCAUUGGAGAUCUUGCAAGAUGAGGCCUGCGCAUUUGCGAGCAUCCUGGAUCUGCCCGGAUUGCGGCAAGUCAUAUUCAAGGCGCGAUGCAAAGGGGCGACACAAGCAGACAGCGUGCAAGGGCAAGGACCCUGCAGAAGGAACUGGCGGCGGUCGCGGAUCGGAAGGAGGGAAGAAACGUGGCGGCGGAAGCGGUGGACGCAAACGAGCUCGGAGUGGCUAG